GCAGAAGCUAAGAUUAGAUUGUCACGCUUGAAGCUUGCAUCUCUUUUUUAGAAUUUGGCAGGUUUUUACAUGAGCAAGAUCAGAAGAAGGUUGACCUUACUGACGACCCGUAGUAAGGAAGUGCUCGGAGACUGGAGAAAUGGGUGCAGUAAAUCAGCAGAGGGCGGAGCAAGUGACGGAGCUGUAUUUAAUUAUUGAGAACGAUGUCUUUAGAGAGGCUGUUUGAAUGACUCUUCCUGAGUAUAAUAGUGGUGGACUCUGGAUAAUUUAUCAUUACUGCACCAUUGGUAUCUCUUUUUAGACUUGCAGACAUAACAUUCACAACAUUGCGGAGGGGGCGUGGAGAGAUGGAUACAGCGUCACAUCUUUAACACUGUGCUGCUACGGAUCUUCAUUUUGAUCUGUGUAGCUGGAAUUUCAGCAAUGAACGGGACUCCACCCCCACCGCCGCUGGACCGAGAGGAGCACAUCCUUCGCCUCGGUGAGAGUUUCGAAAAGAGGCCCCGCUCUUCUUUCCACACAGUGCGCUAUGAUUUCAAGCCAGCAUCCAUAGACACUUCUUGUGAGGGGGAACUUCAGGUUGGCAAAGGAGAUGAAGUAACAAUAACCUUGCCACAUAUUCCUGGUUCAACACCUCCCAUGACGGUAUUUAAAGGAAACAAACGGCCUUACCAAAAGGAUUGUGUGCUGAUCAUUAACCACGACACAGGGGAAUAUGUGCUGGAAAAACUGAGCAGCAGCAUUCAAGUAAAGAAAACCAGAGCUGAGGGCAGCAGUAAGAUCCAAGCUCGUAUAGAACAGCAGUCUGCCCGUGCUUCACAACCAACAUCUCAGUUUAAGGCACCUUCCAAAGUAGCUGCUGGGCCUAAAACAUCUCCAUUAAAAGAUCAUCCUUCUCCUGAACCACAGCUUGAUGACAUUAAAAGAGAACUGAGGGCAGAGGUAGAGAUUAUAGAGCAGAUGAGCAGCAGCGGCAGCAGUUCUUCUGAAUCUGGGAGCUCCUCUGGGAGUGACGAUGACAGCUCUAGCAGCGCUGGAGAAGAAGAGACACAAGAAUCUCCAUCUCAACAGCUGCCACCUCAACAAUAUAACAGCAGGAUACCUGUUUCUAAUGGCAGCAGUAGGCCACAAGGAACAAAUCAGCUAAUGAACACACUCAGAAAUGACCUUCAGUUAAGUGAAUCGGGAAGUGACAGUGACGACUAAAGGACAUAUCUCCAUUCAUUAUGUAUACAUGUAAUAUUAUGUAUGUAUAUAAAUGCACAAAAGCACCAAACAAGCCAGGGGCUAAAAUGACACAGCGGCUGUGAAGUUUGGAUAGGGUGUUACUAGGAUGCUUGGAGAUGCAGUUCAUGGACUGGAGAGUGAGAGAUUAUUUGCUCCUUUUUCAAAUUUUCUCAUAAUGCAGGACAUAUAUGUAUAGCUGUUACCUGCAAACUUAGAUCUCCAAAGGGUUUAAUUGUUACUUAUUUGCAGUAGUAAGUAAUCUGAGAUUAGUAUUGGCACUUUGGUACUGGCAUCAGUGUGGUAUGUGUGCCAUUACCCAUUGGGGUCAUUUAUGAAGUUUGCGCAGCACAGAAUUAUUCGCACAGUGAACAUUUUUGCCACACCCAUAUUUAUAUUUAUAAAGCUGGACAAGGCAGGUGCAUUUAAUGUGCAAACAUAAUUGCAAAUUUUUAUUCACAGUGCAAAUGUCCUUUUAAAAGCUUUUUAAAUAUGGCAUAUUUGCAAAUUGAGUAUUUAUGUGCACACUCUGCUUCCAAGUUACGCCACAACUUUGGUAGCGGAAGAAAUAUUUGCUAAACUGAUUUCACAAAUUGCGAAUUUGUAUUCCUAAAGUUAAAAUCGGAGCUAUAUUUGAGCUCAAUAAACACAAAAAAGGACAUGCUCAUACAAGCCACAAUCUCAUUUGUGAAUGUUUGUGCACACAACGCAUUUAACUGCAAUUCGCAAAAAAAAAAAAAAGCCAGGCACAGCAGUGCAAAAUUUUAGCAUUUAGGGAAAAACAUGCACAAAACAACCAUUUGCAAAAAUAAAAAUGUGCUGCACAAAUUUUAUAAAUGACCUCCAGUGACUUCUAGCCAUCAGAGAUAUAAGUAGACCUCAUGCUGGUUUUUCUCCCAAUAAUUUAUUAAUAUUAGUGAAUAGACAUAGCCUGCAGUUACAUUCUCAUAGCAUGCUGUAAGCAUCAGAAAUAGUGAUGAAAAAUGGCAGCUGAGAGUGUACUCUGAUCUGUCCAUGUCAUGUACCAGCACAAAGGCACACAGUAAUCACUGACUGGCAUUAGUACAGUCAACUAUCACCUUCAGCUACAGAACGAUAACAAGGCAGACCUACAAAUGUGGAACUACAGCUCCCAGGACUUCUAAAUGGAGUUUAGCUGUGAAGUAUAGAACUGUAGUUCAUUUGAAGGAUCACUGGUUACCUAGCAGAUAAAUUGCAUAGAUUUAGAUUACAGCAAUUAUUGUGCUUCUCUUAUGUAUGCACACAUAUUUACAUCCAAAAAGAUACAGGGAUGUAAAUUAGCUCUCGAUAAUGUACCUAGUAUGUAUGAAUGUAAUAAGGACUUAGAUUGUAAGCUCCACUGGUGCAGGAACUGUUGUGAAUUAUACAUGUUCGCAAUGUAAAGUGCUCUUUAUGGUGUAGUUCACCAUGUUUUUCCCAAUGCAGUUUCUCAGCAUAAUUGUGCAAAAUUGUAUGCGUGUCCCUAGGUAUACGCUUAGUGGCAGAGGUGUAAAACGUGCUGAUGAUGCAGAAGUUGUGCUCCGUAUAUUUGGGGCAACAUGCAGGCAGGCACCCCUUAAUUGCAUGCUAUUUAGGGUGUGCAAUGCACAACAGUAACCCUGUACUUAAAGCCUGGGCAAUGAGAAGUGUAAAGUACAGGGCUCCCAUGCCAAUGUGCCUUGUUCCUGGUUCACACUGCUGGGUUAAAGGUGAGCAUUUGCGCUAGGCCAAUUGUUUUCCAUACAACAUUUUAAUUUGUGCAUAAUUGACUCUGAUAUUAGGGUCUUGCAUUUCCUUCUUUUUGUUUCACUCAUUUCACACAUACCAUCAUUUUUAUGAGUUAAUUUCAAACCAAGGUGCCAUCUGCCAGUAAGUCUGUAUGUCCUUCCCUGUCUGUAUGCUUUACCUCUGUUUUUUUCCCGCAUUCCAGUAAUUACAUCACUGACACAGGCAGGUUAGUUUGUCUGUGUUUAUUGAGUGAAUGUAAAUAGUUAAAUCAGAGUGUAAGCUUCUGCUUGGGCAGGGAGUGAUGUGAAUCAUUAACAAUCUCUGCAGUGUAAAAUAUGAUGCAAUAACGUUACCCAUUCCUUUUAUCCUUUCCUCUGUUUUAUUUCCUUGUUCCUCUUUUUUUUUUUUCCCCACCAUGAUAUAUUAUUUUUAAGCUAUGUUUUAUCCCAUGCUAGUGAUAAGGGUCUUUUGGGAUGAUCUAGUCUGUAGGCCCACAUGUUAAAUUAUGGGAUCUCAUAUGAAAUAAAUCAGCUGAUGAGCUAUAACAAGGACAGUCCUUUUUUUCAUUUUCUGUUUUGGUAGACUUUCUGUGAUCCAGUCUCAAAUCUGUCUACCAGAGUACCCACAUGAGUUUGUGGCUAGAACCUUUUUUUUUAUUGCAACACUUUGCCUUAUAUAAUUGGAACUGCAUUCCCUUUUGGCAAAGAAGUAUGAUUAGAAAAUGUUGCAAACUGAAGGCAAUUUCCCACUGAUGUCUUGGCCAACUUGUAGCUUAACUCGUGUCCCAACAUGUGUGUGUGUAUCUCUGUACUGAAGUUAUACUAAUUUCAUUAUUUAUGCUGGUUUUAAGAAGCUUACAUUUUAUUUGUGAGUUUGGCAUAAGAUUAUAUGCCUUCAUGUAUUUUGGUAAUAAUAAUAAUACAUUUAAUUAUUGGCUAAAAUUUUACAUUCUUACAUGAACAUUUAUAUUUUAUUUUAUGUAAGGCUUUUGUAUAUAUAUUUUAUCUUCAAAAUAAAGUAAUAGUGCAUUUUG